AGCGAGGUGUGCAAGUAGUUCGGUACGCAGAAUAAGUACCUCGACAUCAGCGACAUCAGCCUUUGACAUUGGAAGAUUUCAGAAAACAAUAAUAAAUUCAUCUGACUAUAAAAUAAAUACAUAGUCCAAUAGAUUCAAUUGAUUUCUUGACGGUGAAAGAUCUAGCAUGGGAUGGAAGCAACCGAGUUAUUUAUGAAAAUAUGUGGAGAUGAAUAUUAAAAUUAUUACUCAUGGUGAACCAGGGAAUUACCUACUAGGCAACACAAAAAGAAAUUGUCCAUAUCAGGUUCCCAAAUUGUUCAGUGACAUGGAAGAUGCUGACUACUAUAUACAGGCAGCCAAACGACUACAGAAGAAAAACAACGGAUACAAAUUAAAAAUUAUAGUUAUUCCGUGGUAUUCAUGUGUUAUGUUUGUUAUUUCAAAUAAACAUGAUAAUAGGUAA